UUUAUUUUAAGAAAUUUCAACUAAGCUCUUGAAAGAAAAAAAAAUCAAUCUCAUCGAAUACAAUUUUGACGUCCGCAAGGACUUAACAAAUACACUUUCCCUUUCUCUCUCUAAAAAAUUUAUUUCUUUCGCUCUCUGAUUUCUCUCUCUAGAAAACGGCGAGGAAGAACAGGGCAUAUAUGGAGACAAGAAAAAAAAAUAAAUGAAAUAAAGAAAGGAAGCUAAGAAAAGGAGAAGAGCUGAUUGAAAAAAAAAAAAAAAGCAAAAGAGCAAAAAAAGUUUUUUUUUUUUUUGAUAAGUGAGAUAGAAAGAUAUUUUAUCGCUUCAGUUUGUUGAAAUAAAAAAAUAAAAGAAAGAGAGUUAAAAAAAAAAAAUCAAAGCUUUCAAGAUUUGUUAACUCUCUUUUUUUUUUUUCUUAUUUGUUUCUCUUGAAUUUUUAACUUUGGGAUUCAUGCUAAAGCAAUUUUGGAGAGAAUGCAAUUUUAGAAUGCUCAGAAUCAGAGCUCGUUCAUGGACUUCGGUUUUCUUUGGUCUUGGCAUCUUGUAUUGUAGAACAGAAAGCAAUAUGCUCAGGCACAGAACUUGCCUUUUCUUAUUUGUGCACACUGCACAAUGAGUACGAAGCUGAAAGCAGCCAAGUUGGAGAUAAACUGCUGAUUUCUUUGAGCUCUAGGGCUGUGUUUCUGUGUUUUCUUUGUAACUGUAGUUUAUUUCAUUGAAUUCAUGUUGUUUAAGAUAGUUGUUGCAGUUUUGUGAGUGAGUGUUAGAUAGUGAUUCUUGAAACAUGGUACCGUCGGGGCCUUCUACUCCUUUAGGUGGUGCGCAGUCGGUUACAUCUUCUCUUUUGCGGUCAAAUUCAGGGAUGAUCGGAGCCCAAGGGGGUGGUCUUCCUUCUCCAACUGGGUUCCCUUCAUUAAUGUCGCCUCGCACUCAGUUUAAUAAUAUGAAUAUGCUUGGGAAUGUGCCCAAUGCAUCUUCCCUUCUUAAUCAGUCUUUUGGAAAUGGGGGUCGAAACCCUCAGCUUUCUAGUCCUGGGAGUAGCCAGCUUGGAGGAAUUGACUCUGGGGCUGAAUCUGGUUCACUUUCAAAUAUAGGUAACGGGAUGGGGUUUAAUGCUCCCUUAUCAUCAUUUGUGCCAUCAAACAUUGAAAACCCUGGUUCAUCUGUUCAAGUUCAAGGUCAGCAAUUUUCAAACCUUUCUGGUAACCAUAUUUUGCCAGAUCAACAGCAAUCCCAACAACUCGAGUCACAACAUUUCCAACAUGGUCAACAAGCAAUGCAACAGUUCUCUGCCCCUUCCAACAGCCAACAAGGGCAGCAUCAGCAGCAACAGUUUCAAUCUAUGAGAGGAGGGUUGGCUGGUGUUGGGGCUGUCAAAAUGGAGCCACAAAUGACUAAUGAUUCUCAUGGCCAGCAGCAACAGCAACAACAACAGCAGUUGCAAUCACUAAGAAAUCUUGCUGCAGUGAAAUUGGAACCACAACAAAUCCCACCUAUGAGAACUUUGGCACAGGUAAAAAUGGAACCCCAACAUUCAGAGUCAUUGUUUUUGCAUCAGCAGCAGCAGCAGCAGUUACUCCACAUGUCACGGCAGCCCUCACAAGCUGCUGCUACCCAAAUUAAUCUUUUGCAUCAACAUAGACUCUUGCAGCUACAACAACACCAACAGCUUUUGAAAGCAAUGCCUCAACAAAGGUCUCAAUUACCACAGCAGUUUCAUCAGCAGAAUUUGCCUUUGAGAUCACCUGCGAAACCAGUGUAUGAGCCUGGGAUGUGUGCCCGGCGUCUGACACAUUACAUGUAUCAGCAACAACAUAGACCAGAAGACAACAAUAUUGAAUUUUGGAGAAAAUUUGUUGCCGAGUACUUUGCUCCAAAUGCCAAAAAGAAGUGGUGUGUUUCUAUGUACGGAAGUGGCCGCCAAACAACUGGCGUUUUUCCUCAGUUUGCUCGGUCCCCAUUAAUACUUAUAGAUGAAAUAUCUCCUCAGUCUUUGUGCCCUGCAGAUGUCAUCAGCAUCUUUGAUGUAUGGCACUGUGAAAUAUGCAAUUGCAAGCCAGGACGUGGUUUUGAGGCGACUGUUGAGGUUCUCCCUAGGCUUUUCAAAAUUAAAUAUGAAAGUGGUACUUUGGAAGAACUUCUUUACGUUGAUAUGCCCCGUGAGUAUCAGAACACAUCUGGUCAAAUUGUUCUGGACUAUGCAAAAGCAAUACAAGAAAGUGUUUUUGAGCAACUUCGUGUUGUUCGUGAUGGUCAACUUCGGAUAGUUUUCUCACCAGAUCUGAAGAUAUGUUCUUGGGAAUUUUGUGCUCGGCGUCAUGAGGAACUCAUCCCUAGAAGAUUGUUGAUACCUCAGGUUAGUCAGCUUGGGACCGCAGCUCAAAAGUAUCAAGCAGCAACUCAAAAUGCAUCAACAAAUUUAUCUGCUCCAGACUUGCAGAAUAACUGUAACUUGUUUGUAGCAUCAGCUCGGCAAUUGGCAAAAGCCUUAGAAGUGCCAUUGGUAAAUGAUUUGGGUUAUACAAAGAGAUAUGUACGGUGUCUUCAGAUAUCUGAAGUGGUUAAUAGCAUGAAAGACUUGAUUGAUUACAGUAGAGAAACGAAGACUGGACCCAUGGAGAGUUUGGCUAAGUUCCCUCGAAGAUCAAGUACUUCAUCUGGUUUUCAUGCUCAAGCUCAACAGCCUGAGGAACAGCUACAACAGCAACAGUAUCAGCAGCAGCGGACACCACAACAGCAAACCAUUGCCCAGAGCUCUAAUAGUGAUCAAAGUUCUGCCCAGGCUUCAGGGAUGCAGCUUGCCGCUAACAAUGGUGUGGCUAAUGUAAAUAACUCUCUUAAUGCAGCAUCUGCGUCAACAUCUACUGCCGCCAAUGUUGGGCUUAUGCAUCAGAAUUCCAUGAACUCCAGGCAGCAGAAUUCUAUGAAUAAUGCAAACGGUCCCUAUGGUGGAAAUUCUGUUCAGAUUCCUUCCCCUGGUUCCUCUAGUACAAUACUGCAAGUGCAAGCGCAAGCAAAUCCAUCUCCAUUUCAGUCACCAACACCCUCCUCAUCUAAUAAUCCUCCUCAUGGUCCCUUAGCAGCUUCUAGUCACAUGAGUUCUGCAAAUUCCCCAGUUAAUGUGCCCAUGCAUCAGCCAGCUCUUUCUGGUAAGGCUGACCCAACUGAAUCACAAAGCUCUGUUGGGAAAAUUAUUCAUGAAAUAAUGUCUGUCCAACUUAAUGGCAUGGGCGGAGUUGCCACUCUAGGCAAUGAUGUGAAGAGUGUAAAUGGAAUGUUGCCAACGAGUAACAAUUCAGUUCUCAACGGUGGCAACGGUUUGGUUGGGAAUGGAACUGUCAAUAAUUCAGGUAUCGGUGUUGGUGGUGGUGGUGGGUUUGGUUCAAUGGGUGGUGGGUUUAGCCAGUCUGCUUUAGUCAAUGGAAUCAGAGCUGCUAUGAGUAAUAACCCUGUCAUGAAUGGAAGGGUUGGAAUGACAUCAAUGGCACGGGAUCAAGGUACGAGUCACCAACAACAGGAUUUGGGGAACCAGCUACUAAAUGGGCUAGGAGCAGUUAAUGGUUUUAAUAAUUUUCAAUUUGAUUGGAAACCUUCCCCAUGAAACGAUGUCCGAAAGCCGAUGGUUCGAUUAUAGAUGCUAUUUUCGCGGCAUGAGAAUAGGCAGAAUGAACUGCCUGUGGCCCUGGCAGAUUCACGCUACAACAGUAUAUUACAGAACAAGGGCUUUCCUCCCACUUUGUACUAAUUUCAGAAAAAUGAAACAUAGAGCAUUGAGUUUUAUGAAUGAAAUGUUAAAAGCAUCUUUAAGUUGCGCCAAAUUUCUACUAACUUGUUUACCCUGAUUAUUAACUGUUAACGCACACCACUUGCCACUGGCGCCUCAAUGGAAUUGUCGGGAGAUAAAUGUGUUCGAUAAUGAUCCUCAAUCACCGCAACUCUCAAAACAUCAGGAGGGAGAGUGGCUGGUUGUUUGCUGAUUCCAAAUUGCUUUCAAGCGUAUAAUAAUCUCCAAUGAUUUAUUAUUGGAAAUCAUGUGUCGGUUCCCUGUGCAUACGCUUAGGAUAUAUAUGAUUGAGUUCUUACAAAAUUGAGUUUGAUAUAUGCCUUUUCCUCCGUGAGAUUCGUCAAUCCAUCUGCUUUGCUGUUUUUAUACGCUAAUUGGUGUGGUCUUUAACAUUUUUUAGUAGUUGAUUUCUUGACUAGGAGUUGGGACCAUCGAUGU